ACUCUACGAAUUUCUCAAGAACCACCCCAAGAAGAAUGGGCCACUCCUGAAAACCAAGAAAUAAUAAAACAAAUGAAAAUUAAUUCCAUCACCGAUAAGUAUAACUACCAAAACUACGAUGUUAUAAAAGAAUACUAUAGAGAAGAAACUCUUUACUCAGAAGAUGAAAGUACAUACGAAGUAAUGGAAACAUCUUUAAAUCAAGUUCUUGAAACUUCAUUUCAAGAAGGACAAAGCAAAAAGGACUAUCCUAUAGACGCAACUAGAACUAAUGCUAUGAUGAUAACAGAAAAACGAGGAUUAACUCAAUUAU